UAACACAAUAAACACUUAUGGUCUAACUCUAUUAUACAUAACGAAAAUUUUAUUACACCAAAUUUCUUUUCUUGUCUUGACUUGAAGCCAAAGUCUGCAAUUCCAAAUACUACUUCACACACGAGUGACAGAACAUAGAGAAAAAUAGAAAUAUUAGAAAAUAACCCUUGACCCUCCUUUCCAUUCAGUACUUUAUUAUUUCCACCAAACAACUACUACUAUACACUUCCCAUUUUCCCCCUUCUUUACUCACAACAAAGCCAAAAGGCUUACAUUACAAUACCCACAAAUUCACUCAACCAAACAUAACACGUUCUUCUCUACCGACAGUCUUUCAAGAACUAGAGAGAGAAAACUAAUACGUCUAGAGAGAGAGAGAGAGAGAGAGAAACUUUGAGAGUCUUUUCGCCAUGGAUUUUCAGAUCUAUGGCAUUACCAAUCUCUUCUUGUUAAGCAUUGUGUUGUUCUGCUGUGUUUGCUCCACUGCAUUUGUUCAAGAAAAUGCAAAUUCGAAACCCCAAGUUGCAGCAGUAAACUCCAACUCCAUUCUUGUUGCCCUUUUGGAUUCUCAUUAUACUGAGUUAUCUGAGCUUGUUGAGAAAGCACUUCUUCUUCAGACACUUGAAGAAGCUGUUUCUAAGCACAACAUUACCAUUUUUGCUCCUAAAAAUGAAGCACUGGAACGUGAUUUGGAUCCUGAAUUCAAGCGUUUCUUGCUUGAGCCUGGGAAUUUGAAGUCAUUACAGAAUCUUCUUUUGUUUCAUAUGAUUCCAACUCGCAUUGUCUCCAGUCAUUGGCCAGCGCGUGUGCAUUCAACGUUGUACUCCGGAGAUGAAAACGUUGUCAGAAUUUCAGGGAAGAACAAAGACUUGAUGGUGAGCUCGGCCAAGGUUAUCAAGGAGGAUGAUAUUGUGAAACCUGAUGGUGUCAUUCAUGGGAUUGAGAGGGUUUUGAUACCCAAAUCAGUCCAACAAGAUUUCAAUGUUAGAAGGAGUCUCAGGUCAAUCUCUGCUGUGUUACCUGAAGGAGCACCAGAGGUUGACCCAAGAACUCACAGGUUGAAAAAACCUGCACCAGUACCCGCCGGCGCACCACCUGUGCUGCCGGUGUACGAUGCGUUGGCACCGGGGCCAUCACUGGCCCCGGCACCAGCUCCUGGUCCAGGCGGACCUCACCAUCAUUUCGAUGGUGAGAGUCAAGUAAAAGAUUUUAUUCAGACGCUCCUGCAUUAUGGUGGUUACAAUGAAUUAGCUGAUAUUCUUGUGAAUCUCACAUCAUUAGCAACAGAAAUGGGGAGAUUAGUAUCAGAAGGGUAUGUUUUAACUGUUCUGGCGCCCAAUGACGAGGCUAUGGCUAAGCUGACUACUGAUCAGCUCAGCGAGCCGGGGGCGCCAGAACAGAUAAUGUACUACCAUUUGAUACCGGAGUAUCAAACGGAAGAAAGUAUGUAUAAUUCAGUGAGGAGAUUUGGGAAAGUAAAGUAUGAUACUUUAAGGUUACCACAUAAAGUUGUGGCUGAAGAAGCUGAUGGUUCAGUGAAAUUUGGGCAAGGUGAAGUUUCAGCUUAUCUGUUUGAUCCUGAUAUUUACACUGAUGGAAGAAUCUCUGUACAAGGGAUUGAUGGUGUUCUGUUUCCUAUUGAGGAAAUUAAGGUUGCUCCUGUAGCUGCCACUGUUGCUAAGGUUGUUGCAAAGCCAAGAAGAGGAAAGUUGAUGGAAGUAGUAUGUGGAACAAGAAUGGGGUCAUUUGCUUUUGCUAGUUGUCAUUAAAAUUUGUAUACUUGAGGAACUUAUGAAGAUAAAGAAAUGAAAGAAAGAAUGUUAUUAGGGAGGGCUUUGUGAUCAUAUCAUAAAGGAGAAAAAUGCUUGGAUUGAAGUAGAAAAAAAAGACUCAAAAGCAAGAGAAGGGAGAAAAUAUCUUUUGUUUUUAUUUUGUUAUAAAUACUGUAAUUACCUAUCAAUUUUUUCAUUUGUAUUUAAGUUUGUUUUUCUUGUGUUUGUAUCCAAGAAAAAAAAAAACUUGUACCCCAAAAAAGGAAAAAAAAAGAAUAAUUCUGCAAGAGCAUAGCAUCUUUUUUGUA